UCAUCGCCGAACAUUUUUUAUAGAAAAAUCAGGAGCAGCUCCUAAGAGACGGCACUGGAGGGCAGCAACAGACAAACAACCAGCAAUUAGAGACAAAGCUAUGACACACACUCUAACUGACCUAUCACCAGGGCUUGCACAUGCCAUACAGCUUUUGAUUGAUGGGCAGCGAUGAGAGGAAACGGAUGAAUAUGUACUUUGUGACAGAAGCCGCAUUAAGCAGGAGACAUAAGGAAAUAAUAGCUGAACGAGCAAAACUGCAGGAGGAAAUGAAGGUGCAAUCUGAGCAGCAUGAAAACGAAAGGAAAAUCUUUGCCCAAAGAGAUGAAUCCGCGAACAAGAGGAACCAAGCUAUUCUCGAGGAUCUGCAAGGGUUCGAACAGAGCUUGAAGAGAAAGUUGGAGUCCCGUCCAGAUCCUGUUGUUCUUAGCCUGGAGAAUAAAUAUUGGGAAUCGGUGGAACAAGAAAUUCCAAAGUGGGAACGGUUUCUUCUCGGAAAGGCUUCAUCUCCGUUCGGAUUUAAGAAAAGCCCAGAGAAGAGAAAUCAUUCUCAGACACUGCAGAGCCCAAGGAAAAAGGACUUGCCUCCUUCUGGUGCACAGACCUUACCUCGGUAGUGCACUUGUUAUCUGGAUGGGCAAAUAAUUAUUUAGGAAGGGUGUUGAAUAUUAAGGAAAAACAUAAUUAUGACCAUCCAGGGGUCAAUAUAAGCUGGUGGCUCCAGGCAGAGUUUAUAGGACUUUCCUGUUGAUUUGUACAAUUGAUAUCAUGGCCAUAAAUUUGACCAGAUAUCGCUUUGGCCUGCUGUUGUGGUCUUCUCCUGAUAGGUCUCCAUUAUGAUCUCAUUGUUGUCCUGUCGAACAGCAAGCAGAUCAGCCGGAUUUGACUCUGCAAGUGGGGGGCCCGAUUGGACAACAUGUUCAACAAUAUUACUUUAAAAUAACAAGAUAUUUAAUGUCUCCUGGACAGAUAAAAGCUAAAAUCUC